AUGGACAAGAUGUCAUCAGGAAGCUGGAAUGCUGGGAAGAAAAAUGCAUAUACAGCAGUCAAAGUAGAUCCUGAUGAGGAUUAUUGUACCCCAGGGGCAUUUGAACUGGAGAGGCUCUUGUGGAAGGGCUGCCCACAGUACACUCAUGUCAAUGAAGUCUGGCCCAACCUCUACAUAGGAGACGAGAAAACGGCACUGGACCGCUACAGCCUGGAGAAGGCGGGGUUCACGCACAUCCUGAACGCGGCGCACGGGCAGCGCAACGUGGACACAGGAGCGCGCUACUACAGCAGCAUGGCCCUGCAGUACCACGGCGUGGAGGCUGACGACCUCCCCACCUUCGACCUCAGCCAGUUCUUCUACUCGGCUUCCAAAUUCAUUGAUAAUGCACUUCAGGAUGAAAGAAGCAAGGUGCUGGUUCACUGCGCCAUGGGCCGCAGCCGCUCUGCCACGCUGGUCCUGGCUUACCUGAUGAUCCACAAGAACAUGACGGUGGUGGAUGCCAUCGAGCAGGUGGCAAGGCACCGCUGCAUCAUGCCAAACAGGGGCUUCCUGAAGCAGCUGAGAGAGCUGGACAUAGAGCUGGCACUGCAGAGGAGGAACAGCAAGAACAGCCUAGCACCUGCUGAGCAGCAGAACAGCACCACCAUCUAGCACUGCCCUGGCACAGCUGUGCUGCUGGAAAAGAAACUCCGUAAAAGGAGGGGAGGGGGAAGUGUAGUUAAUUACAGAGUCACAGGGAUCAUUUGUUAUUUGCUAGGGAAAAAACCCAAAGUCAUUUCAAAUACAAUGUCAAGAUGAGAAAGAAGGGAAGCCAAACUUAAAAUUCAUCAUCUUAGAAAGUUCCAGCCUUAGCAGAAUUCUUUGUUACAUCAACAAAUAAGUUUUUCUCUCUGCAAAAAAAAUCAAACAUUUACAACACAAAAGCAAGCACAACUAAAAACUCUCUUCUAGCUAAGUACUCCCAAAAUUGUGAUCCUAACUCAA